UUGCAUAGGCCUACUAAUGAGAUAGGGGAGAUUAUUGCAAUCACGUCUGUGACUAAUCACGUUUGCCCUUUUUUAGUCACCAGCGUUAUUUAUUUAUCUGUGCCACAGUUCAUAGUCAAUCAAAGAGAGAGCAAGCGCGCGCAUCUGAAAGUGGACCACACUGCCCUCUUCCUGUACAAUCACUUUACAGUUGCUGUCAAUGGAUAAACAGCACAGCAUCCAGCGAGGGGCUUCCAGAUGGGCAGCGCUGAGGGAAAGGAACACACUCAAGGUAGCGAGGAAGGAGGAGUUGCUCGUCAAGCACUAGCUGGAUUCAGACAAAAUGAAAGUCACUUUCACAGGUUUGGCCAGUUUUGUGGCCACCUUUGGUGUCCUCAGCUUUGUAGGUCUCGUUCUGGCAAUUGGAACCGAUUUUUGGUACAUCAUUGACACUUCUAAGAGAGAAAACAGCUCAUCUGUGUCUCUGAGCUCACAUUCUGGACUGUGGCGGACUUGUAACUUUCAUAACCAGUGCUGGCCAUUUAUGAAUCCUUUUGGAGCAGGACGAAACUUAUCAGAUUCACAAAGGCAGAUACUAAACAUGCAUGGAACAUUCAUUGUCCUGCUGCCUCUCAGCGUGAUUGUGCUGUUUGUUGGAGGAAUGCUGGGCUUCAUCAGUAUGUUGGCACGAGCCUACCUGCUGCUCCUCAUGACUGGAGUGCUGCUUCUGUUCAGCGCUGUGCUCUCAUUGGCUGGAAUCUGCGUCUACAUGGCGUACUCUGCGGCCGCCUUCAAAGAGGCUGUGAAUAUCUCUGGCCACAAAACCCUGGAGGACAUAGAGAUUUACUUUGGCUGGUCUCUGGUUCUGGCCUCCGUUUCUUUUGUUGGAGAACUCUGUACUGCCGUGGCAUUCCUACUUACCUCAGCCAGAGUGAGCCAGCUGACCAAUCAGGAAGAAGACGAAUAAUUAUCUGAUGUGACGUGAUCUGACAGGACAGGAGAGAGUUGCACCACAAGAAGGCAUUGUAAAUGACAUAACACUGAAAAUUACAUCGAUGUUUACAUUUUCAUAUUUUUUAAAGGUCAAAUUAAAUUUCAGUACAUUUCAACCUUCACUUUUAGUAAGGUAAUAAUACAUGGUCAAUCUUUGAGGCUUGUGAACCCCUAGGGGUUCCUCUGGGAACUGCAGGUUUUUUUUUUUUUUUUUUUUUUGACAUUUGUGAUAGAAAUGCCAAAACUAAAUUAAUAAAAUGAAUUUAAAAAAUAGAAUAAUAAUAAAUAAUAACAAUAAAUAUAUGUUAAUUAUACAAGUGAACAUGUUGUAAAAUGUGACAUUUUAAUUUUGCAGAUAAUUUUGAAAGGGUAACAAUUAGUCGGUUCAGAAUAAAGCUUGGGAAUUCUUGAUGUAUAGAAACACAUUUGUUGACAAUUGCAAUCUAAUUUUUAAAACAUUUGCUUAUUGUUAUUUAAGUAUGUUAUUUAUGUUCAUUUUGUCCUUUAAGUACUCUACGUCUCUCUGGCAUUUUUUCAAAUCACAAUAAAAGAUCGGUUUUGCCUCUUUA